AUGAAUGAACAGUCCGAUAUUGUCCAACCGAGCCCGAGCGGUUCCAUCCGACCAACCUACUUAGAACCCGACAACACACCCUUACCCAUGCCCAAGAGGCGGGCUCGAUUUUCCCGACCGUCGCCCAAGCCUUCCCGAGCUCCCGUAGCCACACCGACACCCGCUUCGAGUCUCUCGAAUAAAGACAACCGCCCCAAACCCUACACAGUCGAGUACCCGUCGCAGGCGCCUCGGUACAGGCAGGUAAAGGUGGAGGCACCUCGAUCUACGUCGGAACUUCCCCGUGUAUCAAACUCGGGCUACGCCGACUUCUUUCCCUGGAGCGGUGACCAUCCCGAAGACCAAUUCUCCGAAACCGUUAUCCGCAGCGGGUAUUUUCACAAGGCCCCUCCGAACCAGGCCGAGGCGGCUACCGCGAAGCCCGCUCUCUUCCCCUUGUUGAAACAGAAGAACUGCCUCAAUGCCCUGUCUAGCGUUUUUCUCGGCGUCUUAGCCCAGCGACGCCACAGUGGUCAGAUUACGGCGCCCUCUACCUUCAAGCCGCCACCUCGAGUGACCCUCACUGACACGAAGAGGGAGAUGUGGCUCAAGGACCUAGCCAACCCAGCAACUUCCCUGAGACGUCUGAGCCGUACGAUCCCUCACGGUAUCCGCGGCAAGGUACUGCUUGAGCAUUGUCUCAACAAGAACGUCCCGACGGAAAGAGCUUUGUGGCUAGCCAAGUGUGUUGGUGCCAAUGAUCUCCGAGCGUUUAGAAGGAAGGGCGUCAAUCAGACUUUCAUGGGAGGAGAAACCAAGUGGAUAAGGGACUGGACUAUAUUUGUCGAGCAGUUUGUGGAGGCAGUCUUCUCCUCCUUUGAGAUGCCUGAGUGGAAGACCAAGGUGACCUAUGCCAUACGCCUUGCUACCAACCUUUACACCGAACAACUUCUCGACCGGGACCAUUACAUGGAGUGGCUUCUCUCGGGACUUGAGACCACCCCCACUCCAAACUUCCCAUUGGUAUCACUGCUAAACCACCUCAUCACAAUCCAUGCCGACCCGGACCGCGAUCUCCUAAAUCAACUCUCCUCUCGAAUUUCGUCUCUACUCACGUCCCUCAUGGUCACCAAUCCUGAGAGUUUUCUCUCUCCAUUAACCUGGCCUAAACAUAGGGAUAUGCUAUUUGAGCUAGUCCAGCUGGUCGACGGCCCUACGCGAACUGCUUACCAGCUCAUAGACUCGCGAAACAAUCGUCUCAUUUCAGGCAACGAAUCGACCUCGACCCAAAGUAUGCAGCAGCGGCUGGUCAAACUUUUGGAUUCAGCCCUUCACCAACCGUUUACCGAGAGCCUCAUCUCGCAAUGCUGGGUUCUCGGAUCGGACAAGGGUGCGCUAGUUCGCACCACACUUGAUUGGGGAACCUCGCCCCUAAGGCCCGGCUCAACCAAGAUAUAUAUCGCUGUCCGGCUGCUUCGGUCCUGGAGCAAGCAGGGAUUGGAUGUUACAGCUGUGCUUCUUGAGUACCUAGACUCAAUCCCGGCCGAUGAUCAGGAGCGCAAGCAUCUCCUUUACUCCAUCGUAUCUGAUCUGACUCGAUCAUUCGACUUCUCGGCCGCGAGGUAUAUCCAAUGGCUUAUCUCUCGCGGCGGCCUCUCUGAUCCCGAAGAAAUCUCGGCUGCCGGCCCCUGCAGCACCAGGCUACUUGUCGAGCUGCCAACGCAUGCACUCAACCCGUCUUUGAGGUGUAUGCGGGGAAACCUCCUUCGUCGCGCUUCGUUCGAUGUCGAGGAGGAGAAGGUCGAUCUCGAAAAUGCAAUCAAACUCGUAAAGCUGGGCCUGGGCCUGCCCCUGAGCCCUGGCGACCCCAUUUCGCUCAAGAAACCCAUGCCUGCUUCCAAACUUGCUAAACCCGCCGCAAACGAUUACGAGAUGUUGCUUGGGGUUGUUGCCCUUGCGUCCAAAGUACCGAACGCUGAGCUCCUUGCUUCCUGCACCGAAACCGUCAAUGUUCAUCUCACCGUCUUCGCCGCGAUGGAAGACGUGAGAAAGCUAUUUGACACCUUUAUGAUGUCGUUCAAGACGCUCAGUGACGCUCAAGGUAUUGCGCCCACGCGCAUUCUUCUCGCGUCCCUUGCUAGCCUUGCCGAACGAAUCCCCGGAUUGGAGGAUCAGGGUGGACAACUUCGAAGUGAGCUUCUUCGCUAUGAUCGAACUUCGGGGAUAGACGUGUGCUCUCCCGUCUCAGACAACAUGGCCGGUCACAUGCAGGAUAUAGAGGGGACUUUGUACGAGGAGGUGGACAAGGUUUUGUCCACUGGGACGAGGGUCGACCAUCCUACUAUGGAUAGGCUCUUCCAGACGAUCACCAGCCGGCUUGAAACUUGCUGGUCCAAGUCAGCCGAAGCCCAGCGGGGCUGCAUCCCUUUGCUAACCCGCCUCCGCGCUUUCGAUUUGCAGCAUUUUGAUGAGAAAAUGGUGGAAUGGAUUCGCAAGGUCAAGGCUGCGCCUGGCCGGCCACCUCUCGCAGAAAUCCUUCCGCUUCUGAUCGGACAGGGGUGCCUCGACCUUGCCAGCAUCCUAAAGGCUUAUGUGCCGACGUUGUCGAGCUCGCCGGCCAUGUCGUACUGCGGGCCUUAUCUACAGGAGACGCUGCAGAUCGCGUCGAUGCGUCUGCCCCAGACGACCAUAUUAACGCCGGAGGAGUGCUGUCGCUUCUACGUGCAACAAAAGACUCUGCUGUCGCGCCAACCCGACCAGAUUCGACGGAUUUUGCACCACGCGCUUGCGGAGUAUUGCGAGAUGGGAGGAAGUGUAGGCCAGAGCGACCUUCCAUUAGACCGACCGGGUUGCUGGUCUGCUGUGCUCGACUUGUUCAAGAGCCUCGUUCUCAUAGACGCCAAUGGGUUGGCCCACGAAUAUACCUCAACGACGACCCCGCCUCAUCUCCGGCAACUUGUUGACGCGUUGGCGACGCAGGCACUAGGACUGAGCGACGCCUCAAAGUCGCAAAUCUCAUUUGGGCGCAUCUUGGAGAUGGCCAGCGAGCUCAGCCUCCCAUUCUGCCAAGUGAAGCUAUCUCUGUCGCUCACCGAGGAGAGCGAAACGGUAUCGGAACACCAAACCGAAUCCCACAUCACUCUAUUCACGAGGGCAAUGGAGAGCGCCAUCGAAGCGAACAACGUAAUGUGGACAAGCAUUCUCCCCACCUCAACGAUACGAUCGCGCAACAUGUUCGAAACGAAGCGAGAACUCACUGCGCCGAUCGCGGAUAAGGUGUCGGAUCUUUGGGACAUCCUCUCUAGCAACGAGGAAGAAAAGAGGCAGCUUCGCAAUGUCGUCUUGACCGGAUGGCUACCGCUAAUGCUCAAAUUCGUUGCCAUGCACGUCGGACCGGCUUCGGAGCCGGUGUCCGCGCCGACGCCGGGCGGAAACAUCAUUCGACCUCCACCGAACCCAGCGCAAACGGAGCUCAAGGCCAAGGUGCUGCUCUCGCUUGCCGGCAUCUUCCAGGAAAUGGACUCUCUCGACCCGUUGGAAGCGCAACUCGCCCAAGGGUCCGGCCUUUCGCAGCAAGUUCUUGAUGUGGCCAUGGUCCUAGUUGAUGGGCUUCCGGACGAAGCACGUGCUCAUUGCUGUCGCCUUGUUCUGGUCUCCGACCCGGUAACAUUGCAGAGCGCCUCCUCUGACGCGCGCCUCCGAUACCUCCUUAGCUACAUGCCCCCACAAGACAAUCUGAUGUUGUCCCCGCGAAACCGAAUGAGUAUGCAGGGCGGCUCAACGCGCACCGCCAUGCUUGGGGUUCCAGGGCAAGCGGAGAAGCUCGUACCGUUUUCGUAUCGGCGAUGGGAGGUCCUGAACGAGCCAACGCCCAAUGUAGGCGAAAACGAUACAAGCUUGAGCCUCACCCUGUUCGAGGCUAUCAAAUUACGAUGA